AUGUGGUCCCUUGUAUUGAUCAUCGGAUGCCUAGGUGUCCCCCUGUCAUCUCUAUCUCUAUCUUCAUCUCCACUCCCAUCGACCACCCUUUCCCCAUUGUCUUCAAAUGAUGAUGAUCUCUGCUCAGUCUACGAUCCGUUUAAAGUUUUACCCGAUAACAAUAAGUUCCAAAUCGGCGGCUCAUUCCCGUUGCACGAGGAGGACUGCCGUGAAUUGAGACCCGACACUGUUCAAGAAAUUGUUGCGAUUCAAUGGGCACUCACGCAUUGGAAUCAAAAUCCGAACAAUUUCAACGCCAAGCUCGGCCUGUAUGCCGGUGACUCGUGCUCGAGAUCGAGAGAGGCUCUCUCACAGAGUCUCCGCUUCUUGGACUCGCUCGGCUUUUUGGAGCCAACCGAAUGCCGAAAUCAUGCACCACCAGCGCGAUUACUAGGAGUGAUUGCUCCGAAAGACGGUCAUUCAUCAGCACUUCUCGGCCGUGUUGUUGGCAAAGCUGCUCUUCCCGUCGCCUCGUAUUCUCUCUCUUCGUCAACCGUUCUCUCACAUGUUCACCCAGAAAAUCUCAUCUCAACCACUCCAACAAUAUCGGUUUAUGUUGAGGUUGCUAUUCGGGUUCUCGCGCAACUCCGCUCGAAUCUCGUCAUCCUGGUGGACAGUGGAAGCGAUGAGAAAUUGACGCAAGAUGUAACCUCUCAACUCAAAGACGCGGGGAUUUUCAUCGCCGAGCAGAUCUCAAUCAACAGCCCGCUCUUCAUUCAAACUGUCACCAACUCAGAGGCCACAAUUGUGCUCUCAUUGCUCAGUGUUGAUCAGCUCUCCUCACUGACUGUUCACUCACUGGUUUCUUCAAUGGACAAGCUUUGGCUGAGUCUUCCAUUGGAUGGUGAAGCCCUUCCUGAUGAUCAAAUCACCGAGAUUCUACCUGAAGACUCGACUUUGCAGGUAAUGUUGAUCCAACCGCGUUUCACCGAAUUGCCCCAAUUUCGCGACUAUUUCCUGCGAGUACUCAAGAAUAACUAUCAAAGCUAUUCGUUGUUGACCUCGUAUGUAAAUCAGGUCUACAAUUGCACCAUUGACAACUGUGAUCUCGAGGAGAAAACGAUGAUUGAGAAAUAUGCGCAGUCUCGACACACCGAGGCUGCCAUUCGUUUGGCGUACGCUUUCUCGACGCUGGGUGCCGUCAUCUCGGCUGAUCCAAAGAAGAUGAAAAUUUGUGAGCACGCUGAUCCCGAAUGCACUAGUUUGUUGUUGUCAGAGUUAUCGACUCUCGAGUACACAUUCACGUCAAAUGAUCCAGCUGAAUUUGGUGGUCAAAGCUUGCACUUCUAUCGUGGAAAAGAUGGAGUGUUGGUCGCUAGUGGAAUGGUGAUCGAAGCGAUUGAGGUGUCAAGGGAUAAAGAGAAUAGACUUGUUCAGUACAAGCUUCUCGAGUACACCACCGGCAAGAAACCAUCGAUCGUGAUCGCCUCACUUCGACCACAGACAGCUCGAAUCCGUUCAAUUUGUAUGCCCCAUCGGCCAUUCUGCGGUGUCUGCCCGAAUGUUGUCGCUGUCUCGGCUGAGAAAUAUUUUGUCUCCAUCCCGAAGACUUACCCGGUCUACCUAUCGGCUCUCUUCUCACUCCAUUCCGGGCUGAGCUGCGAGAAUAUGAAGAACACUGAUAUCUCGCUGCCAAUGGCUUUCAUUCAUACGGUGUGGACCUUCAAGCAACGAUUCCCGCAGUUGAAUCUCUUGAAGAAUCUCGAGUUCGGCGCGCUUUUGGUGGACACAUGUGCCAGUGGGAAACAAGCUAUGGAGUGUGUCAUUCGAUCGGAGACCCAGUGCUUCCAAUUCGCGCAGGCCGAACGCAACAUCACUAUCGUGCCGAAGAGUAUCUUUGGAUAUGUCUCAGCGUUGGAGGGUGAUGCUCAACAGGCUCUUCGUGGCUAUUUCGCCUCUAGUGACACCGAUGUGGCCUUGGUCUCAGCUGACCCAAAUGUCCUUGAUCCAAACGAGUCCUUCUCGGCGCUUCCAUCAGCACGAGCCCAAGCUAUGGCUAUUUUAAGAUUACUCUCCCGAAUGAACUGGGAAUUUGUCACAGUGGCUCUAUCCGAGAAUGAUUCAGCUUCUCUAUCGAUCUUCCGACAUUUCGAACGUCUCGCGCCUGAUCAGGGGAUUUGCUUGGCUGAGGUGAUCAACCUUUCCGGCGACUCACCACCGGCUCCAAUCUCAAACACCAAUGUGACGAUUGUGUUUGCCACAGCAAAAGACGCUGCUUCUUACUUGGCUGCCGGGCAUAAUCAGGUACACAUCAUGGUCGGCGAUGCUCAUGAUUUCUAUCUCCAUGUUGAAGCGGAUCGGUCAAAAUACGUCGGAACGGUUUCCAUUCAACCAAAGGACAUUGUCUAUCCGGAUUUCCGUGAAUGGCUUGAAACAGUCUCCCCAUUAAAUCUUCCCGAAAUGUGGUUCUGGAGCUUCAUCGAGGAUCGUUAUCAAUGUGCUCUGUCUCAAAAGUCGAAGAUCAUCUAUGGAAAGAUGUGCACCGGGGAUGAGCUUUUGGAUGUGCCGAAGCUUGGCCGAAUGACCCGUGCUGGCUAUUUGUCACGUGGAAUCGAGCGUCUCCUUUUCGCCAUGGAUGCUAUCUAUAAAAAGCUGUGCCCUACGCAGAGCGGAUUUUGCCCCGAAUUCUAUAGUAGCGGAAGAAAGGCUAUAAGCGAGCAAUUACGAAGAGCGCCGGUCGAGGAUGACGUGGAAAUGUUCGAGUGGAUGGAGGGAAGAGAUGGUCGACCUGCAUACCAUUUAAUCGGAAAUUGGAGUGCCCACUCCGGGCUACGAAUGACCGCACUUUACAAGCCAUUUGGCCGCUCCUCACCGGUCACCUCUAAAUGUGUGCCACCGCUGUGCAAAUGUUUUCUUGAGGGAAAUUUCUUCCAGCGACCUCUCGACGCAUUUGUGCAGAGUGGAGUUGUGGAAAGGGAUUCAUCGUAUGUCCGAAAGCAGCCCGCCUUCGGAGCCGAUACUGUUCAAUACGCUUCGAUCCUAGAGCACUUGAGCACCGGCGAGUGGCGCGCUCAUCCGCACAACUUCGUUCUAUUGGCCGUCAUUUCUUUAUUAACGAUCAGCGCACUGGCCGUGUUGAUUUUGGUGCUCGUCAAGCUGUAUCUCCGGGUUGUUAAAGGUAAUCAAUCGCUGGGGAUUUCCCUUCUUGUCGGCAUCAUCAUGCUUUACAUCACCGCCUAUUUCUUCGUUUUCGAUGCCACUGAUAUGGUUUGCCGAGCCCGCGUCAUCCUUCACGGUCUCGCUUACACAAUUUGCUUUGGAGUUAUGAUUGCAAAGGGCACGCAGCUCCGAAACGCGGAAACGCUUUACUCGGCGACGAACGUGCACAUCAGUUUCUGGAACUACUGGCUGCUGCUCUUUUUCAUCUUUGGCGUGCAAAUUGCGCUUUCUGUGAGAUGGGCAGCCGAAGCAUUCCUUUCAACGUGGUCAAUUUCGGGAAACUCCACGAAAAUGGUUUGCUCAUAUGGAAGAGUGGAAUUUGUUCUUUCAAACGCUUACGCAAUCAUUCUACUCAUCUUGGCUCUUUUCAUCAACAGUCGAAACAGAAAUAUCAAGAGGAAUUACAAGGAAACGAAAUGGUUGUGUGUUUCGUCGAUGAUUUGCGCGUUCAUCUGGCUCUUGUGGAUCGCCGCGUAUUUCUCAGUGCCGUAUGAGUGGAAGGAAAGUGUGAUCGCUCUGGAAUUGUUGAUGUGUGCCACUGUUCUGCUCGCUUUCCUCUUUGGUCCAAAGAUCUACAUCCUGCUUUCCUAUGAACCAGUUGUCGUCGAGUACAAAGUCGACUACAAUGCUCCACAAGGCCCAAAAUUGGAGCUAUUUGAAAAUGAAGAAGAAAGAAACUCGCCGAUGAGAGCUGUUUCCCCAGCUUCAUCCACUGGCUCGUGGGACAAAAGCUCGGCUCGGGGAACCGGCUCGAUUAGUGGCAGUACAUCUAGUCGAGGAGCCCGUCGAGGACCCCAUUCUGCCAAUGCGGGAGCACAUUUGAGUGAUGAUCAAUCUCCAAUCUUUCACACGGUGAUGCGCAAGAAGAAAGCCGUGCGGCGCACACAUUCCGAGCACGAUUCGAGGAAAAAUGUGAUCCACCCACGUCCCGAUGUUCCGGUGAUUCGGGCUGUCGCUGUGCGCUCUCCAGUCGAUCGAAUGCGUUCACCCGUCAUGAUGUCAAAUCAU